CUACAUACGUACUACCAAUGUAAUCCUGUACAUCACCACGUCCUCACUUUUGUUGCGGGUUUUCUCCUCCACUUCAGACGGCUAUCCCGCCGUGCCCGCCUGGCUCAUGUCACCAUGGCUCCCACCUCACUAUGACCGAAAUGAGGGCAUGAGGGGCGGUUAGUUUUGCAAAGUCAGCAUGAUCCUCGCCCCGUGUAGCUACGGGCAACAUGCUCCUGCUCGCAGCGGGUACGACGGGGACGGCAAAUCCUCCGAGUAUCUGCCCCAUGGGACCCCUGUCCAAGCCACCGACUCAGCUUAACCCCAUUUCUGCUUCAGAUAAGAGUACCAAAGAAUGGCUCGAGACACCACCAUGGAGAUGGGGUGCUGGAGAGUGGAGGCGGUUUCUUUCCGCUUCAUUGCUCCGCUUGACCGCCCACCACCACCCAUCUGGAACCUCCGCCCACUGCUAUCCCAGCCAUGACCCACUAACGCAGCAGCGAAGUACGAAGGUUAUCCAGGCUGAACCAUCCCUGCGCGCACAUAUGACGCAGGCUACCCAAGCCAAAGUCAUGGCUUCCUUCAACAAGCAAGACUUUUCAUACACUUUACCUAUCUAUCUCUCUUUGCCAAACUUGAUCAAGAUGAUGCCGUUACUGGUUAACAAAAAUAACAACAACAACAACUUCAACAUGGGUCCACCCUAUCAGGCCCCAAUGUUCAGCACCAACAUGAUGGAGACACCUCUUGAUAAAGCGUCACAACAAUACAUCGCUGCUCAUACACGAAACAUGUCGAGGGGUUACGGUGGACAGAGGACGAACACUUCGAUGCGGAUAACGAAGCCCAGCAGCGCCAGCACCAGCCCCCGCUAUCCGUUUUCGCAGUCCAAGAGGAAGACUUUGAUCGGUGAUGGGUUCCAGAAUCUCUAUACUCAACCUGCCGCGGCGGCGUAUCUCCCCACACCUGCGGCUGAAUUCCCGGUCGAGUUCAUGUACGACCCGGAGACGAAGCCAACGACGACAGCACGACCAGUUAGCUGGCACCCCUCGUCGCAACAGGUGGCAUAUUCCCAGCCUUACCCUCAGGAGUCCACGAUGGCCUUUGCUCCCUACCCAUCCUAUCAAGACUUUGGCGCUUGCACACAGUUUCAGCAACUGCCCCCAACCCCAAGCGUGUACUCCGGCUCCAACUCGCCAUGCUCGGCGUCCUUCUCCCCGCUCACACUUCCAUACCCCAGCGUCGAUUUUCAGCAAUCACAGCAUCAGUAUGCCUCGCCGGCGACUCAGCUCUACCAACCGGCUCCAGAAUCACCCCAAAGCAUGGCUGGCAUGACCGGCGAUCUUUCUUACGCUGCUUUCUCCAAGGCGGAAGGCAAUGUCAUGGGAUGGACUUCUUAUGCGCCGUCAUCGAGCGGCUUGGACACAUACACAGCGCCGCCUACCCCGAAUAAUUUCGAGCUGCCAGAGCAGUUCACCAACACCAAGAUGGCCUCCGAAGAGCCUAUUUCCUAUGAGGCACCGGAAGACGACGAAUCUGAUGGCGAGAUUCUGUACGGCAUGGGACUGUACGACCCCCCCGAGACCAACGAGCCUGCCGACAUGGACCUUCACCAGUCUACCGUCUUUUCACUUCUUGGAAACGCCGCAGUCUACGAGAAGCCCUCCGGCAAGGGUCUGAAGCUCGAGGACGCAUGGGAGCCUCCUGCGAGCGACGAUGAAGAGGACAAUGAAGAGCAGGAAGAUGACGAGGAGGAAGAGGAAGACUAAGACUUACGAUUAUGACACUUGCAUGAUGAUAUAUUGAGAAGAAGCAUUAUACCGGCGACGGUUUGGGAUACGCAUAGCAUUUAUGGGACGGAUUCCUAGAAAGGGGUAUGGGCUGGAAGCCCUAUCGAAGAUGCAUCGGCACAUCAGGAAUGUGUGGCUAGGCGUUUUGGUUUGCGUUUUUUUUUCCUUGUUUUGUUUAGGAGACAAAGAUACCCACCUCUGCAAUUAAAUACAUGUACAUAUUUGAACAGCAUGCGAUCUCAGUGUUCUUGAAUCAUACCACCCACCAUCUCUCA